CUGAGGCGGCCAAUCCUCAGUGGCUCUCCUUGACCUGCUCGACCUUUACCUCUGCCAUCCAAGGUUAACGAAAGAACAGGAGAGAGAAAGAGAGAGAGGAGGGGGAAAAACAAAGAGAGGAAACCUCUCUCUCCUCUCGAGGUAUUGUCACAGGGUACAGGUUAAAGAUGGGAGUGAAGCAAGCUCUGAAGAGCAUUGAUGCUUUUCCUCGUGCUGAAGAGCACCUGUUGCAGAAGACACAGUCUGGUGCAGUGGUCUCAAUUUUUGGUUUAAUCAUCAUGGCCACAUUGUUCUUGCAUGAGCUGAAGUACUAUCUUACAACAUAUACAGUACAUCAGAUGGCUGUAGAUUUGCAACGUGGAGAGAGACUUCCAAUCCAUAUAAAUGUUUCAUUCCCUUCUCUACCUUGUGAUGUUUUAGGUGUCGAUGCUGUUGAUAUGUCAGGUAAACAUGAAGUGGACAUUGAUACAAACAUUUGGAAGCUUCGCUUGAAUCGUGAUGGCCACAUUAUUGGCAGCGAAUUCAUAUAUGACCUUGUUGAAGGGGGUCAUACUCACAAACAUGAUCACAACAAAGAACAUCAUGAGGAUUCUUCUCAAAAACUUCAGUCUCAUGGUUUUGACGAAGAUGCUGAAAAAAAAGUCAAGAAUGUGAAGCAAGCAUUGGCAGAUGGGGAAGGAUGCAGGGUUUUUGGGGUUUUAGAUGUUCAAAGAGUUGCUGGAAACUUUCAUAUUUCAGUUCAUGGGUUAAACAUAUUUGUUGCACAACAGAUCUUCGAGGGAGCUAUUCAUGUGAAUGUGAGUCAUGUUAUCCACGAUUUAUCAUUUGGGCCAAAGUACCCAGGAAUUCAUAACCCGCUUGACGGAACAGUACGGAUUUUGAGUGGAACGAGUGGGACAUUCAAAUAUUACAUAAAGAUUGUUCCAACUGAAUACAGAUAUCUCUCCAAAGAAGUUCUACCAACUAAUCAGUUCUCUGUUACGGAAUAUUUUGUCCCCAUGCAUGAGUUUGGUAGGAUGUGGCCAGCUGUUUACUUUUUGUAUGAUCUUUCACCAAUCACUGUGACAAUUAGAGAAGAACGGCGCAGUUUUCUGCAUUUAAUAACUCGACUUUGUGCGGUACUUGGUGGUACAUUUGCACUAACAGGAAUGCUGGAUCGGUGGAUGUACAGGCUUCUCGAGGCAUUGACAAAAUCAAAAAGUAGAAUCAUACUUCGGUAAUUGAGGCCUUGGAUUAAAUCCUAUUGAAGGCAACAAGAUCUGUA